ACCUUUAAACUGAAUCUCUGAAUGAGAGAUGAGUCACUUUGUUGUUGUUAUUGUUACUCUAAUUUGAUUCUUUCAAUAUUUUAGAUUUAAAUUGAUUAUGGAUAAAAUUCCACCACCACCUAAAUCAUUAACUUCCUAUGAUCAGAAUUUAAAUGAAAACGAUAAUAAAUCAACUCAAGGAAAAGGAAGAGGAUCAUUUACCUAUGGAUGUAACAAUAAACUUGAUGAAGAAUUGAUGAAAUUAAGAAGAGAAAUGCCUUUAUGUUUUAUCGACAAUAAUCAGGUUGGUUUACGACAAUUGGACAUGUCGCUUUUGUCCCAAUUAAAUGCUCUGAAACAAUCGAUCUCUGAAUAUAAAAAGGCUCUUAAUGUGAUCGUCAAUGGAGAUGAGGUUGAACAUUAUGGCGAUGGUCAAUUCAAUGGACAGUACAGUUCAUCUUUGGUCUCAAUGGAUCAAGAAAAUGAUUUACCAGGGGAUGAGGAUGAAAUCGAUGGUGAUGAUGUUAUCACUUCGGAUGACGAAAGGGAAGAAGAUGGAGAAGAGGAAAAUAGUGAACGUUCAUCUGAAUCUAUUGUCUAAUCUUCCAUCAGCUGAUCAGUAGAUUCUGAGAAAGAAAGAAACAAUAUACUUAAUUAUUUGAUAGAAUAUUCAUUAUUUUCAUCUUCGAUUUUCUUUUCUUAACCAUUUUAUCACUUUAAACUCACUCAAUCAACAAAUUAUUAACAUAUUAUUUAAGUGACGAUUCCAUUCCAGUGAUCAAAUAUUAAUUGAUUUUCUUUUCAAAUGAUUCAGUAAAUUAAACUUUUGAUCCUCUACUGAUUCGGAAGAUGCCAAACGUUAUCAUAAAAAAUAAAUUAAACAACAAUUAAAGUCUUCACUGAUUAACUGAA